UACGAGUCAUUCGGUACUCAUUCGGCAUUCCGCAUUUGUUUCUCAUUGCGGUCGCUUUGUUUUCUGAUUUCGCAUAUAGUUGAUUGAGAGUAAUUGUGUUCAUUUCGUUUCAAAAUCUCGUAUUUCGAUUUCCAUUAGUUAUUAGUUGAUAGAUUAUAAAACGUAUUCUCAUCGAGUGUUAUAUUUAUUUAACAGUCGCCGAAUUGAACAUUUUAAGUACAAUGGCUCAGAAUGAAGCUGCAAAGAAGGUAAAAUCAAACAUGGUUAAUACUACUAACAUAGGUAAUCGAUAAAUAUUUACUCGUUUGACAAUUCAACAGGUGUUGGAAAUUUAUUGGUUUUUUUUUCUAAUCUAGUACUGCAUAUAUCUAGAUUAAUUCUCAAACGAUUUCAAUUUUGUUGUUCGGAAAGUCUGUUGGCCAUUCAUUUUUAAUUCCUUUGAUUAAUCAUAAUAUGUAUCAUUUAAAACUAAAUAUGCAGUAUUAUCAUAACUUGAUUGUUCGUUAAAAUAUUUUAUUUUCAUUACAAUUAUUCAAGAGUCAUUAUAUUAUUUUAAACAACACAAUUAAGUUGUAGGCGUAUAAAAUAUUUAAUAUAUGUUUUAGGAAUAUUAAUAAAGUUUAUAUUUUGCUGGGUGUGUGUGGAUAAAUGUGAAGCAGCAUUUCAUUUUGUUUUUCUGUUUAGAGUUAAACACAUUUAAUUUUUUUUCUAGUAUUCAAUUGUUUAAUCUAACAAAUAGGUUAUAUCGUUCAGAUUUAUACAGUUUUUACAAAAAUUGAGUCUUUAUUUUAGAAAUGAUUAAUUACUUACAUAUUAAAUUAUUAUCCAUAACAAACACGGUAAAACGCCUAGUGUUUACUGAUUGUAACUUUUAUUAAAAAUUAUGACAACUAAUAGUUAUAUUAAUUGAUGAAUAUAUUUUCAGGCUAAAGAAUUCCAUGAAACAUUGAAGGUUGAAGUAUGUAUUAAUCAACUAUAAUUUUAGUACAGUAGAUACUGCUUAAUAAGUUAAUGUUUGUAAAAAGUGAUUUUGUCACUUACACCAAAUAGCCUUCUAACAGUCAAUUUUUAAGGUCAUUUAUAACUUUUUAAAGUUUUUGAUUUUAGAAAAACAAAACCUGAUAAUAAUAGAAUUAUUAUCAAAACUCCUUCUUGGUCAAAAUCACUACUAGCAUUGUCAUGUAAAAACACAGGGAAUUGAAUAAAUGGUAUAACAGUAAACGGAUAUUUCAUCCCCAACAAUGAAUAAGGUAGAGUUUGGUCUCAGGGAGUUAUUAGCCAUAGGAUGUUUGGUACCCGGCAUAUUUUGAUUAUAUAGCAUUAGGUUCUCAGAUAUUUUUAAAUCAUUAUUUAUUAAUUUCUUCAAAAGUUCAUUAUUUCACUAACAGUAAAUUAAUACAUUUAUUUUUAAUGAAUAAUUUAAUUUGGAAAAAAAAAUUGUUUUAAAAAUUAACUAAUGUCUAAUAUACCUAUAUAGGUAUAAUGAUGAUGACAUUUUGUACUGUUUAAAAACAUAAGUCAUUUGACCUAAAAAUGGUAUAUCAUUUUUUUAAAUUUUUUUUUUAACUUAAUAUAGGUAAUUGUGAUUUAUUUAAAUCUUUAUUGUUUGUAAUUAUAUUGUAUGAAUAUAUAUUUGAAUUUGUAGUAUUUUCAUUUAAACAUUAAAUUGUUUAUUAAAAAUGAAUGCAUUAAUUUUUAGUGAAAUAAUAAACUUAUGAAUAAAUUAAAAAAUAUAAUAAUAGUUUUUAAAAAAACUGAUAACCUAAACAAACGUCCUAUCUUAAAAAUUGGUGGGGAUAAAAAGUCCGUGAUUCUAGUAAAACGAUCGUAAGCAACCAUAAAUGUCAACCUAUAGACAAAAAGUUGUCAUUUAUACUAAUUUUUGUUACUUAUGAUCCAAAUAUUUACAAUAUUAAAUACUUUUGGUGCUUACAAAAACCAUACUACCAACUAUCAAUAAGGUAAAUUUUAUUUGUGAUAUUGAUACCAGAGUCCAUUCUAUCUGUGUAUCAUAAUGUCACAUUAAAUUUACCACAUUAUCAAAUAGUCAUCUAACAGUCGAUAUUAAAUACCCAAUUACUUACAUAAUACAAAUUAUUAACAGUACCUUUACCAUUGAAAUUGGAUUCAUAUCAAGUAAUUUUAAUGAAUGGAUUAUAAUUUUAACCAACAUCACAUUAAACAUUACCUACUGUAUUAAAAUAUCUUAUGGUGUCUUAAGUUAUAUGCUUUUCGCUUACUAACCUAACCCAACCUAGGUAUGUUUUAUAUAAGUAUUUUGUUAUAUAAUUAAAUAUUGGGAAUAAACAUCUAAUACAAUUAUUAAUAUAAACUAAUAUAAUUAAUGUUGAAGAAUUCGCUUAUGUUUAUUUAUUAUUUUCUAAUUUGGUAACCAAUAAAUUUUCAAGUCACUUGUGAUUAUAAAUUACUUGUGCAUUUCAAAAUCAAAACUAAAUCUUUCAGCUACUAUUAUAUUAUGUACUUAUGCCUGCAAUUAGCGUCUUUUGUAUUGUGUUAAUAUAUAAGAACUAUUAUAAAUUUGAAAAAAGCUCUAAAAUUCAGGCUACUAGAUCAGAAUUCAAACCUGAGUAUCUCACUUUUCAAGUACCAAUGAUAUUUCCGACUAUUUUAACUUAUUGUUAACAGAACAUUCUUGAUAAAGUUUAUUUAUUAUUAAAUAAUACAUAUUUUUGUAAACUAUAAUUUAUAAUAAUUAGAUAUUUUAAUUUUCUCUGUAUUUGAUCAAUUUUGUUAAAACAGAAAUGUUUGUAUAAUAAAUUAAAUAUUGUUUUAUAUUAGUUUGCUAUCAGACAGGGAUCAUAAAUACACAUUAAUGAGUCUUGUUGAAGUAAUGAGAAUAAAAUGUUUUCUGGAUUGUGUCAUGCUUAACUUAAAAAAUGAUUUUUGAUUGAAACAAAGAUGUUGGACUUGCUUUAUUAAACAUUUAUUUAUUUUAGUAUUAAUAAACAUUAAAAUAAUUUUAUUUUUAUUUAUAGGCCGAGAAUCGUAUUGUGCAAAAAUUUCCAGAACGAAUUGUCUAUUUAAAUGAAUUGCUAAAAAAGCCAGAGUUUUGUAUCUCUGAAAUUGAUUUUAAAUGCAGCUUAGAACUCCCAACAGUGUUCAAAUUGGAAAAUAGUGUAAACAAGUGAGUUGAUUUAAAGUUUAGAUACCUGCUCAGUGUACAUACUGUAUUACUGAUUGUAUCAAAAGCAAAAAUGUAUUGCCGGUUUUAUACGUUAAUAAGUAUUUAGUGAUAAGAAGAUCAAACCAGUUAUUACAUUGUUUGGCGUGAAAAACCUCUUACGUGCAAAAAAUCGUAAAAUGCUAUUUUUAUAUUUCUGAAUUCAGAAAAAAAUAUACCAUCUAGUGAUAAAUGUUUCAAACGUUUUGAUGUUGCAAAAACAUUUUUGUUCUUCAAAGCAAUGAACCUCCUAUGUAAGCUGUAAAGUAAAUGAAUGAAUGUGUUGCCUGGAUUAUCAUGAUAUGUGUAUGAUACAACCGGUUUCAAAUUUAACAUUUAUCACUGAGCAUAUCACAGUCAAAAUGUCAAACGCGACUGAAUAUAAAGAAUUUAUAGAAAAAAAUUAUACAAAUUGGUCAUUUUACAUAGAAUAUAGAAAUAAUUUAUUUUAAUAUGAGAAGUUAUUUAAAAUAGAUUAUUAUUAGUCAGAUGUGUUAAUAAAUAUAAAUUAUUUGAUUAUUAUUCAUUAUCUGAAAUGUAUUGAUAUAAGAUAUUAUUUUUAAAAUCAGUUUGUACAUUAAAUUGCUAAACAUGUUUCAGAAAAUACCCAUAUUAUAAGCUUUGAUAUGAAUACAGACUUGGAGAUAUUAAAUACUCAAAAUAACAUUUCCAUUAAUUCAGUUUUAGAAAUUAUAUAUAUACAAUUAAAUAAAGAAAAAUAAUUUGAAUAAUCUUUUAAAUGUACAAACUGAUUUUAAAAAUAACAUUUAUUAAUUUUUUGUUUAUGUAUUUAUUUACGAGUAUUAACCAUUUUAAUAAUUCUGUUUUAAUUUAUUAUUUUAUUGUAUGUGAAAUGUUAUCCGAUAUAACCAUGUACUUAGUGGAGGUUUUUCACACUGUUGGUUUGUAUGCAUUGGAGGUAAAUCAGCUGGUGUUUGUCGAAUAGAAGGGAAGAUUAUACAAUUCUUGAUAACAUUUAAUAUUUUACCUUCUCAACUUCUCACCCAUAACAAUGGCUGUACCAAUUGGCGUCAUUUGAAAUAAAAUCACAGGGUAGCAGCAACAGAUGUGUCAUUUCACAUUUUUUCACAGGAUGCAAAAUUUAUUAGUAAAGCUACUCGCUUUGAUCGUGUACCACACAAAGGACAUCAUGAAUAAAUUUCCAUAUAAAAAAUUCUAUUUUCCCAUUACUGUAUAGCAUAUUAAUAUUGAUUAUUGAUAAUAGUCGAGUACCUACAAUAUUCAAAAGAUAUGUCAGUAUAUUAUAUAAGUAUAACUAUUUUUAAUAAACAUAAACAAAUUGAGUAUGAAGAAGGUACUCAUUAAUUAUUGUUUAUAUAAGUUGCACAAACUACACUCAGUCCAUGUACCUAGUACCUAUAUAGAAUAUUAUAUUCUUUUGAUAUAAUAAAAUAAAAAAAUUCACUAUUCCAUAAUAAAUUACUGAUGCAUAUUCCAAAGUUAUAGGUAUAUUAUUUAUGCUGUUUUUGUGUUUUGAAAUACUGAUCAAAAAAAAAAAAAAAAAAAAAAAUGGGCAAUAACGUAUUCAGUAUUAAUCUAUAAAGAUAUUAAACUUCAGUUUCAUAUCUAUAUCUACCUAGCUAUAGUGAUAAAACGACAAAAAACAUUUUUGUAAAAAUUUUACAAAAUAAUGUACAUUCUGAAAUUUCUUUUUAAUUUUUAAUUACUAAAAUUAUAUUUAAACAUUUGAUUUAUUACAGUUGUGAUGGAAAAAAUCCUGGCAAAAGGCCACGUUUAGAUUCAAAUUCGUACGAUGCAACUCCAGAACAACCACUCAUACCAUCUAAUAAGAAUCUUACUGAAGUUUUUAAAAUUCUGAAACCCAAUAUCAAACAGUUGGUUGAAGACACUAAUGCUGUAAGUGAAAUACAUUUAUAUUAUACAGGGUGUUUCAUUAAGAAUGUUAGAUUUAAUUCCGUUAUUACUUUAUUUAAAACAAAUAUUAAGGACAAAAAUAAUUAUAUGAAUAUGUAGUAUACACACUACAAUUUAUGCAUGGAAUAUAAUAUCUGGCAUGUAGACGCCCCUCUUUCGCUGGCAGGCUUUAGUUAUGGCAUAAAAAUUUUCUAUUGCUUGCUGACACAUAUCCAGUUUCUCGUGAUCGCUAACUUUGAGUUACUAUGACAAUUGAAAUUUAUAGGGAUGCAAAUCAAAAUCUCUUUUCAUAAUUUGAUACAAUGAACUCAUCAGUGUCACCAACUCCUGUAACUUCAAUAACCAUUUUUUGAUUGAAAAGUGAUCUGCGACUGUGUUGGCGUGUAGGAAUUUUUUUAUGCAUCUUGCACUGAGUCAGUUUCCUCAAAUUUAGUCAUCAGUUGGCAAUUUGUUGACUCAUUAGGUGCCUCAUUUUGACCCAUAAUCCAUCAAAGCUUACACACUGUUUCGACAUAACUUUGAUUGUGACAAUAAAAAAUCUUAACAAUUAAAAUGCAUUCUUCAAUAAUAAGUCGUACAAUGGUUAUAUAAACAAAAUAAAUCAUAAAUGUUUAUAGUAUCUCAUUUCGAAGAGAUAACAUGAUAUUAAAAAAAAAAAAACAGGUCAGCUAAUGAGCGGAACAAAAAUUAAUGGACAAUUUAAAUCCGCCGUUCUUAAUGAAAACCCCUUUUCAAUCAAAUUUUUUGUUAAUAAUAAAUAUCUUUUUCAGCUAAAAAUGUGGGUAUCCUUAUUAAUUCCAAAAAUUGAAGAUGGUAACAAUUUCGGGGUAUCUGUUCAAGAAGAUACUCUUGCUGAAAUACAACAGGUCGAAGUUGAAGCUACCAAUUAUCUUGAACAAGUGUCUCGCUAUUAUAUAGCUCGUGGAAAACUAGUCACCAAGGUUUGUAUUAAUCUAAAUGUUUCAAUAGCAAUAAUAAAGGUUUAAUAGUUAUUAAUACUAUGUGUGCGUCAUAUACAAAUAAUCAUUUCCAUAUAUUUAAUUAUUCAGAAAAAAAAUGUAUUCUGAGCGAUGUUUUUUGUAUAUGAUUUGGAAGCCUGUCAUAUUGUUAAGAUUUUGGUAAAAAUUAAAUCUUAAAAACAAUUAUAAAAAAACCACCGAAAUAUUUUGAAAAUUUGACCAUGUCUAGAAAAAAUUAAUACAGAAAGAUAUUUUUUAUCAUCAACCAAUAAAUUUCUUAGAGUUGCCAAUUUAACAUUUAGAAAUAGAUAUGUAAUUUAUUAUCCUUCUCUACUCCUCCAGUCUAAACAUUAAACAGUUAUAACUGACAAACUGCAAAUCUGAUAUUAUUUUUAUACAUAUGAAAAUGUUUAUUAUUAUAUUAUCUAUUUGAAUCUGUGUUUAAAAAGGGAGUUCUUAGUAAUGGUAAAACAUUAAAAAUUAUUUUGAAAUAAAGUUUGAACAAUUCCCUAAUGAUAAAUAAAAAUCAUAAAAAUUGUUGAUGCACAAUAAAAAUAAAUCAUCCUGUUUAAGUAAUCUGUGUACAUUUUAGCUCUCUACAAUAAUUUUUAACCAAAUUGAAAAUAACAAAACCAUUAGUGCCUUAAAUCUUCCCUUAUUUCCUAUGUUUUCUUUUUGGUUUUUCCCAAUUAUUAUAAAAACUGGAUGGAAAAUCAAAAUACUCCUUUCUUAUUCACUAACUAGGUCCCAAAAUUCAAUAAAAGAAAAGAAAAAAAGCAUUUUUAGUUUUCAAUUGAACAAAGUCUUUUGGUUGAAAACAUAAAAUUUAAAAUAUUGAAACAUCAUAGUGUUAAACAAUUAAUUAUUAAUUAAUGAUAUUUUUAAAUAUUAAAUUUUGAAUUUUAUUAUUGAAAAAAUUAAUUUAAUACAAACUUCAAAAAUGUUAUAUGUGCCUGGUAUUGUUUUUAACUUUGAAUCUAAAAUUUGUAUAAUAUAUGCAUAUAAUUUAUAAAUUAAUAAUAUAAUAAUUAUUUUAAAUUUGUAAUUAAAUAUAUAUAUUUUAGGGCUUAUGAUUUCACGUGUACUUAAACACACGGAUCAAUGCACGUGUUUCAUAAUUACACGUGUAUUUACUAUUAUAUGAGUAUUUAAUAAUACCUGUGAUUUUGACAUUGAUCGUUGCGUGAUCACGUCCAAUGACUUAGAAUAUUAAUAUUCUAAUUUAAAGUUACACCGUGUAAUACAUUUAUAUAUUGUCAACAAAAAUUAUGUUAUUUAUUUGUUAAUAUUAUACAAUAGUAUUAUCAUAUUAUAGGUACCUACUACAUGAUACACAAUAAAUUAUAAUUAAUUAAAGAUAGGUAUAAAAAAAAAAAACAAAUGUAACAGCAAUAAAUAAUAAUGGAAGAUAUUAGUCUAGCAUUUCAGUUUUGGAAAACAUUAUAAAUUAUAACUUAUUAAUUAAAGAUAUAGAAAAAAUAUCAACUACAAAACAAACAAUAAUACGUUACUGGAUGUGAUCUUGCAACGGUCAAUGUCAAAAUCGCAAGCAUUAUUAAAUAAUUAAAUAUUAAAAAAAUAAAAACAAAAAUUAUUAAAUGGUUAAUACUCAUUAAUAAAUAUAUAAAUAAAUUAUUUCUUAGUAGAAAUAAAUGAUAGUAAAUGAAAUAAAUUUAUUAUUAUAUCAUUUAUUUCUACUUAAAUACACAUGUAUUUAUAACUACACGGUUUAAUACAAGUCUAUCCGUGUACCCGUGUAUUUUAAAUACCCGUAGGAAAUCAUAGUCUCUAAUAUAUUUAUUAAAACAUAUUAUAAUACUCAUAUUCUGAAUAAAUGCAAUGAAAUAAAACUUAAAUAAGAUAAUUAAAAUAUUUAUAAAAUUGAUUGUGAAUUUUUUUACCUUUAUAAUAUGUUUGUAUAGGGACUUUAUUUGUUAAUUGACUAUAUUUCUAAAUAGCUUAUUAUAACAUUAUGUUAAAUUUUAAUUUUCGAGUAUAGCAUCAUAGUUUUAUUAUGAUACUAUGUGUAUAAAUACUGAGAUUAUUUAUCAUGUAUGUUUUUUUGGCAAAAUUAAAUUCACUUAAUUCCUUUAAUGAAUCCCAGCCAUCUAUAAGCUUUGCAUGUAAUGCAAUUAAUUUGUGAACUUGGAGAUUAAGAGAGUAGGAAUUAGAAGCCGAAAUUAUGUUUUUAGUUUACUGACAGAAAUUCAUCAUGUAAGUAAAAACUAUCGGAGACCUAUUUUUGGUAAAGGUCAUACUGACAUAGAAUGAUAUUUAUUAAUAUUGAGUGCUAACUAAGUGUUUUACCCCACGUUAAAAAUCUAAAAACUUUAAUGGUUUAAUAACAUAUGAUACUGCUAGAUAUUUUUGUAAUAAGAAUGUCUAGCCAUUUAAUUUUAGUUCUAUUAUAUAUUAGUCAACGAUUGUAUUUUGAAAAAAAAAAAAUGAUUAUAAUUUUUAAAUUAUUCAUGUUUUAGAUUUUGAAAUACCCUUCUGUAGAAGAUUAUAGACGAGCUGUAGAUGAAUUGGACGAAAGAACUUAUUUAUCCAUGGCCCUUACCAUGCAUGAAAUACGCAAUCGUUAUUCUACAAUGCACGACAUUGUGAUCAAGAACUUUGACAAAAUAAAAAAACCUCGGUCCUCAAACACUGAUAGCCUUUACUAAGAAUAAUAUAAGAACUAUACUAAUUUAUUCAGAUUUUUACCUUUGUCAUUCCUUUUAAGUUAUUCUGGUGAUUUUUUUUUUUUAGUAAAAAUCCAAAUUUUAUAAAUAGUAUAGAUAAACUCAAAAAAAAUUUUCUACAAUUUUAAAUUAAAGAUGUACUGAGCAUAUAUCUAAAGUAUAUCUUUGAUUUCCAACUUUAUUACUGUAGGCGGUCCCAGUUUUAUUCAAUUGUAGGUUUACCAGACACCCAACAAAAUGUUAUGUAUAGUAAAUAACAAUAUGUUUUUUUUUCUAUGCGUUUCUGUAAAUUUAAGUUUAAAUAAAUUUUAGAUUAUUCACUAUUUAUUAUUGUGAAUAUUAUUACCAGUUUUCUAUCUUGUUUAUAUGACAAGUUGUUCUUUUAUUUGAUAUUAGCUAUGAUUUAAUCUAUGCUUUAUUUUCAAAUUACAGUUUUUAAAUAAUUUGGUUAAAUAAAUCAUUUAUAUAUUUAUCUAUUAAGGUUCCUAUUAAAAUGUUUAUAGUAUUUAUAUUUUGUUGGCAUUACAAAUAUUACCACAUGUUUUUAUGUACAAUUAUGUACUCGGUGCAUAAUAUUCGUGUUAAUAUCAAAGUGGUGAUUUUUUUGUUAAGUUCUUCAUGUAAAAGUUACCGUGUUAGAAAUUAGAAGUGUUAUUACUAUUGAUCGAAUAUGAAUGUAUGGUUCAUUACAAUUUUAAGAAUAAUUUCUUUUACAAAACGGUCAUUUUGAAAAUAUCGAAACAAAUAGUUUUUCUUUUAGUAAUUAAGGGUAAAAAUAAAAAUUACAUUUUCUCUACAUAUGUUAGUACAUGAAAUUCAAUUAUAAAAAAAAAUCAAUGUUAAUACAUACAAAAAUCCUUAGAACGUUGUUGGAAACUGCAUUAUAUUACGUUGGCUCAUUUAUCAUACAGUAAAACCUCGUUAAGAUGCUCAAAGAGAAAAUUGUAAAUCCGCGUAUUAUGCGGGAUGACAUAAUACCUGCAAGGAUGGAAGUUGGUCACUUUUUAAGUAUUAUCAUACAAUUUUAUGAAAAAUAAUUAUAUUGAUAUUUAUUACGAGACAUUGGUAUCUUAUAUUGUUAUAAUUUGUUAUGCGAUGAAAAAGAAAUUUAAAAUUGUAUAUAAAUUUAACCUAAUACUACCAAAGACUGGC